AUGGAGAGGCAGGAAGUGCGAGCGCUGUAUCGUCGAGUUGGCUAUAUGUUUCGUCCCACACAGUGCAGUAGCUACACCACUACCAUACAAUCCAAACAGUUGACACUUGGAGAACUGAUACAAAAAAGACAGGAGAGCUAUAACAACAAGUCACUUUGCAUGCCAUUCGAAGUACCGAAAAUAGAGUUAAGAAUAAAAACGCCGAAAGAACUUGACGCUGAGAUACAAGAAAUCAUCACUAGCAUGCACGCCACCAUUGAUCUUAAUAGAUUUGCAAGGUUGAUUAACAUUGCAUUAAGUGAAAAGUAUAAUAUUCAAAGAAUUAAAGAAAGGAGACCCGAGAUAAUAUUCCAAUUGUUUGAAACGUACGUGAAGUUGAUAAGUAGUCAUGAAGAAUUGACAAUAUUACAAGUAGAAGAUAUGAAUAAGUUUAUAAAUUAUUUUGUUGAGUUUAAACAACUCAAAAAAGCACAAUUGGUAAUGAAAUAUCUCAUUUUGAAGAGUCCUCGUGUUUUAGAGAAAUAUGACGUCUCUACAACGAGAAACUACUUGAAAUUGAACUGCGGAGCUUGCCAUGAGUUAUGGUAUACGAACUAUAAAAUUUUUGAUUUUAAUAAUACAACACUCGAUAAGCUUGUUAAAUAUUCCCUGGACAAUAAAAUUGGAUACUGGGACGUUGAAAUCAUCCAUUCACUUGGAUAUAGUGGUAGAAUAAGAUCACUAGAAGAUUACAUACUAAAAAAAUGGGGAAUUUCCCUUUGUGAUAGAGCACAAGUUAAUACUACGAACGAAGCUCCUGAAUCUGAAGUAUUAGAGGCGAUAAUAAAUGGAUUUUUCUACAGAGAUAAACGAAUGUUCAGGGCUAUCAAAAUUCUAAAUGAGUUUGUCAAUGUAUAUCCUGAUUUAAAUUUGAAAAUAACGUUUUGGAAAACAUUUAUGAAUAAUUGCAUAAAAGAAUGGGAUGAAAAGGUAGAUCAAAAGGGAGUAGUGAUUGUGGAAUACUGGGAGACAAUGAAAAGGUGGUAUACGGUGCAUAAUAGACGAAUUCCGUUCAAUAUCAAUUUUUUGAAAGUGAUGAGAACGUGUUUCAAGAAAAAUAAUAAUCUCGUAUUGGCUACUGAUAUCUUUCAAAAUUGUUUCCAUAACUUUUAUUUUUGUGCUACUAGAAUGAACGACUCUGAAUUAAAUGUAAUAAAAGAGUAUCAAAAUUUUAUAUUGUCAAGAUUGAUCGAAAAAAAAGGAUUUUCCAAUGCUUUGACCUUCAUUAAUGAUCACUGUUUCAGUCUAGAAAAUAAGAGGCAGCUAAUGAAUUAUUAUCACGGCAGGAAGGAGCAUAAAUUGAAAAAAAUGACAAGGAAUGAAAAUCUUGAGAAAACAUACGAUGAUAUGGUUGAAGAAGACUUUAUAAUUGGGAAAUUAUGGUAG